CAAGUCCACAGGCUCGUUUCGGUAUUCGUAAGUUCUAUCAGCUAGUGCCCGCGCGUCUUUCGCGAUUAUCAGACGGCGCAAUAAAAAACGGCUCAUUAUUAUUCGUUGAUCAUUAAUCCUCGUAGGAUUUGCGAUAACGUUAAAAUUAGAAGUUGAAUAUUUUAAAAAUUUUUAUAAAGAUAAACUUUGAUGGAUGUAUACAUAAAAUUUUUUAUUGUGAUAUAAUUGUAACUGUAACAUGGUAUGCAUAAAUUAACAGUCAAGUUGAUAUCAAACUUUGACAAGUCAGUUAUACAUCAAGAUGUCUUCUAACUACUAAUUAUAUAGUUGGAUUUCUCAGUGUAAUUUAAAUCUUUCAUUUCGGAUUCAAAGAGCGAGGAUCAGCAAAAAAAUUGAAUGCUCCGAAUGAAUGGAAAAUAAUGCGGUGAAGAUGCCGAAGAUUAUAAUGAAUUAUUGGUGACGGUAGCAGAUACUUUAGAGUUAGUAAUAAACAAUUCAAGAUAUUCUCAUGUGAUUCUUUUAUAUAUUUUUUGAAUUAGUUAUCGCAGUUAGGAUUUAUUGAUGAGUAACCGGGACAUGUGGGCAGUGCUCUAGAUAUGUGUAAUUGAUUGCACUGAAUGAUAACGUGGAAAAACGUACCUGUGGAGCAUAAUGGCACUUAUAUUCGCUGUGAUCGUUAUCCUUAUUACGACGGUUAUGUCUCUGCCGCCAGUUAUCCGAAUUGGCGCAAUAUUCACGGAUGAUCAAAAAGACAGUCCCUCGGAGUUGGCAUUUAAGUAUGCUAUAUAUAGGAUCAACAAGGAUAAAAGUCUUCUACCGAACACAACACUUGUAUAUGAUAUUCAAUACGUGCCAAAAGACGACUCUUUCAGAACGUCUAAAAAAGCGUGCAAGCAAUUAUCUCGAUCUGUUCAAGGAAUAUUCGGACCAUCAGAUCCUCUAUUAGGAGCGCAUAUUCAAAGUAUUUGUGAAGCCUUAGAUGUACCACAUCUCGAAGCUAGGAUGGACUUCGAACCUGCAUUCAAAGAGUUCAGUAUUAAUCUGUAUCCAGCCCAAGACCAUCUGAAUAAAGCAUUCAAAGAUUUAAUGUCUUUUCUAAACUGGACCAAAGUUGCCAUAAUCUAUGAGGAAAAUUACGGACUAUUCAAGCUGCAAGAUCUUGUUAAGUCGCCACCCUCGCCUAGAACGGAAAUGUACAUUCGUCAGGCAGGUGCCGGAACAUAUCGACAAGUACUUAGAGAAAUUCGACAAAAAGAAAUCUAUAAAUUGAUUGUAGAUACAGAUCCUGCUCACAUGCAGUUUUUUUUUCGAGCGAUACUCCAGUUGCAAAUGAACGAUCAUCGAUACCACUAUAUGUUUACUACAUUCGAUAUUGAAACGUUUGAUCUAGAAGACUUUAAGUACAACAAUGUUAACAUGACAGCAUUUCGUUUGGUUGAUUUGGAAGAACCGAAGGUAGCAGAAGUUCUGAAGCAAAUGGAGCGUUUUCAGCCAAUCGGACAUGCGAUUCUCAAUCGUACUGGAGUAAUUCAGGCAGAACCAGCACUCGUCUAUGACAGCGUUCAAGUGUUUGCUCAUGGCCUAGCUUCUUUGGACCGAAGUCACGUACUCCGACCUAUGAAUCUAUCCUGCGAAAAGGAGGAGCCGUGGGAUGAUGGUCUGUCACUAUACAAUUACAUCAAUACAGCUGGAUUAAAUGGCUUAACGGGCCGUAUCGAGUUCAAUGAGGGCAAGAGAAACAAUUUCAAAUUAGAUCUACUCAAGUUAAAGAAGGAAGAAUUAGUUAAAGUGGGAGAAUGGCGACCGGGAUUAGGCAUCAAUGUUACUGACUUGGAAGCAUUCUAUGAUAAAACUUACGCCAAUAUCACGCUCGUUGUAAUGACACGUGAGGAAAAACCGUACGUGAUGGUAAGAGAAGAUAAAAAUUUGACCGGAAACGCCAGAUUCGAGGGGUUUUGCAUUGAUUUACUCAAAUGGAUUGCUGGUCAAGUGGGCUUUCAAUACGUUAUUAAGCUGGUACCUGAUCACAUGUACGGCGUUUACGAUCCGGAAACGAAAGAGUGGAAUGGAAUCGUGCGUGAACUCAUGGAAAAGAGAGCCGAUCUUGCUGUGGCUUCUAUGACUAUUAAUUAUGCUAGAGAAAGUGUUAUUGACUUUACGAAGCCGUUCAUGAAUCUUGGAAUUGGAAUACUUUUUAAGGUACCAUCCAGCCAGCCUACUCGACUGUUUUCCUUCAUGAAUCCGCUGGCUGUUGAAAUAUGGCUCUACGUUCUGGCAGCGUAUAUGCUCGUCAGCUUUACACUCUUCGUAAUGGCCCGGUUCAGCCCUUAUGAAUGGAACAAUCCCCAUCCUUGUUUAGCCGAGAGUGACGUCAUCGAGAACCAGUUCAAUGUCAGCAACAGUUUCUGGUUUAUCACCGGGACCUUUUUGCGACAAGGAAGCGGCCUUAAUCCCAAGGCCACCAAACGCGCGCCUUCUCGACUCUUCUCAUUUAUGAACCCUCUAGCUGUGGAGGUCUGGCUAUCGAUGCUGGGUGCAUAUGUUGUAGUUUCCAUGUCAAUUUGGAUUGUGGCGCGUCUUUCACCUUAUGAAUGGGUAGAACCACCACCAUGUCCGAGCUGCAAGUGCCCUCUGCAGGGCAGUCAUGUCAGCGCCUUAGAGCCAGAUAGCGAUGACAUCCCCUUACCGAGAACGGUCAACGACUUCAGUCUCUCCAACAGCUUUUGGUUCACAGUCGGCUCUCUUAUGCAACAAGGAAGUGAUCUCAACCCUAAGGCAACUAGCACGAGAAUAGUAGGAGGAAUCUGGUGGUUCUUUACUCUCAUUAUUAUAUCAUCAUACACGGCGAAUCUUGCUGCAUUUUUAACGGUCGAGAGAAUGAUAACUCCCAUUGAAAAUGCAGCCGAUCUUGCUGAACAAACCGAAAUAUCCUACGGAACACUCGAAGGUGGAAGCACGAUGACAUUUUUUCGGGAUUCCAAAAUAGGGAUUUACCAGAAAAUGUGGCGAUUUAUGGAAGCAAAAAGGUCUUCAUUAUUCGUCUCCUCGUAUGAAGAAGGAAUAAAAAGAGUGUUGGAGGGAAACUAUGCAUUUCUUAUGGAAUCGACGAUGCUUGACUAUGCUGUUCAGCGAGACUGCAACCUUACACAAAUUGGUGGUCUACUAGAUAGCAAAGGAUACGGAAUAGCUACUCCAAAAGGCUCUCCGUGGCGGGACAAAAUAUCGCUCGCUAUUCUCGAGUUACAGGAGAAAGGCGUGAUACAAAUUCUCUACGACAAGUGGUGGAAAAACACCGGAGACGUAUGUAACAGGGAUGAAAAGAGCAAGGAAAAUAAAGCAAAUGCACUUGGAGUCGAGAACAUUGGGGGUGUAUUCGUCGUACUUCUUUGUGGCCUUGCACUCGCUAUUCUGGUUGCUAUUCUUGAGUUUUGCUGGAACUCCAAGAAAAAUACUCAGUCAGAUCGGGAGGUGACAAUCCUGAAAGUAUACUUUGGAGAUUUGACUGUGAUUUAGCGGGUGAACCAGAUGUUGUAAUUUCGCCUCCCCCACCUCCACCACCUCCAUCAGCGACAGUUUCGAGAACAACGACGCUUUGACCGAUACUUGAAGAGGUGCCGACUGGCGUGCCAGCGCAAAAAGAACUCGCUACACAGACCACCGUAGUCGUCAACAUCAACCCUAAAGAGACAUGCUUAUAGCACUCGUAGUGCCCCAAAAGGGCUGAUAAUGAAGUCGCAAAAGCGUUCCGGGACCAGUGAGGAGGAAAAUGAGAAAUCUCACCGUAUUGAUGUUGAUUACCACAAGUUUAAUUAAAUUCGCAUGCCGUAACUUAAAUCACACAACAAAGCAACCGCUGCUUCAUUCAAUUUGGUUCAUUAUUUCUGUCACUAGUGCUGUUAUAAUCAUAAUUACAAUUACAAUAUUACUUUUUUUGAUAAGUUAAAAUUAGUUAUUAUUUUAAUAGACAAAAUUGAAUAGCGUUCUUUUUAUUUUAUAAAACUUGUAAAAAAUCACAAUGGUCAAAGACCAAAUUUGAUCUGCAUUAUUGUCAUGUUUCUUUCCUCGUGUAAAUAGGAAUUCUACGACUCAAUUGUAUAGCAAGUAUCUACUCGAUCUGAAAAUACAUAUAAAAUAUUUAAAUAUAGGUACUCGAUUUAAUAAUAAAUUUAUAUAA